AUGGAAGUUGCAAUCAUCGGCUCUGGGAUCAUCGGCCUUCUAUCCGCCCUCACACUGACAGAUGUCGGCUACAAGGUGACGAUAGUCGCUCGUGACCUACCUGGUGAUGAAAGUAUAGAAUGGGCAAGCCCUUGGGCUGGCGCAGCAAUCUUCCCCCACCCAGACGUAGGUGGCGAGCCUCUCCAGGUAGAAACCUUCAAAUAUUAUUGGGCUCUUGCAUAUAGGGAUCCGACUAGCGGAGUUCAGGUGGUGAAAGCAACCGAAUACUACGAUGACAGAGAGAAUGAUUCGAGUAUCUGGUACAAGAAGCUUGUACCACGAUAUCAAAAGAUUCCGACGAGAGAUCUGCCAGAAGGCUCGAAGAUAGGUUUCACAUAUCAGUCCAUAACAGUCAACCCAGCCGUGUUCCUCCCUUGGAUCAAGAAAGAGCUCGAAGCUCGUGGAGUGGAGUUUAUUCGAAAGACCAUUCAGACCAUGCAAGAAGCCAAGAAAAUCACGGGCUGUAAAUUGAUUGUCCACGCAUCGGGACUAGGCGCCACCGAACUUGCAAACGACAAGGACAUGGUAGCUAUUCGCGGACAGACCAUGAUUGUGGAAACUGAUUUCGACGAGCUAUCCAUGCACCAGGGCUCGCAUUAUACGUAUGUCAUCCCGCGCAUGUAUAGUGGUAGUGCUAUUAUGGGUGGUAUCAGCCAGCCGGGGAACUUUUCGCGGGAAGUGGAUGAAGAUCUGCGGGAUGAUAUUCUUCGGCGGACGAAGAAGCUUUCGGAAGGUAGUUUUGAUUCCGUUGAUCUGAAGCGCGAUGUGAAGAGGGAUAUUGUUGCUUUUCGGCCUGGGAGGAAGGGUGGAUAUCGCCUUGAGACCGAGGGAAACGUUGUGCAUGCUUAUGGGUUUGGCGGUCUUGGAUACGUGUUUAGCUAUGGGGCUGCUCAGAAGGUUUGCGAGAUGGUAGAUGUGCUGGCUAAGGAGCAGAGGAAGCUUGGGAGUCGUCUGUAA